AUGCUUCACCAAGUGCUUGGCAGUCUCUCCCUCGUGCCUCUCCUCGCCGCGCUCGCAUGCCUUGCGCCGUGGACGGCCGUCGCGCUACCCAUGAUCGAUCAAUCGCAGGGCGCGGUGCUGCAGGAGUUGCAGACGAAUUGGCAGCUGCACUACAGAGAGUGGAAGCCCAAUGGCGACUGCAGCAAUGUGCAAGGCCUGACAUGCAAUCCAAAUGGCACAAUCGCCUCCAUGUCAGUGGUCUGCCAGUCCUCCUCAACAUGGGCCCUUCCUUCUAGCUUCUCCAAGCUUGUUCAGCUCACCAGCCUGGCGCUGCCGUCCAACCAGAUAUCAACCCUUGGACCUUUGGGGAAUGCUUACUACAGCAAUUUGCAGAACCUGAAUCUGAGCUACAACCCGUUCGGGACCGACAGCCUGUUGAAUUUUAACAAGUUUGCCCUCCUAACAUCGCUGGAUCUGUCAGGAUGCCAGCUCACGAGCGACCACUUUCUGCAAAGAAUCGACCUGCCCAACAUGCUAUACCUGAAUGUCUCCAAUAAUAAACUCACAGGCUCCCUCCCUGAUUCCCUCGCAAACAUGGAUACCUUGGUUUACCUGAAUGUGAGCGUCAACCUGCUCCAGGGAACCAUCUCACCAUCAUUUGGAGGCCUGUCCAAUCUCUCAACGCUAGCCACCAGCAGCACGAGUCUCAAGUGCCCUGACAGCUAUACCAGCUGCGGCGUGCCUCAGAAUACGUCCUCUGCCUUCUGCCGCACCUGCCCUGACUUCUGUGCCACAUGCGACCAAUCGAAGCCAUUUCCUGUGGGCGCCAUAAUUGGGAUCGUGAUUGGCGCUGUGGUUGUGAUUGUGCUCUUUGCCCUCAUCCUCUACUACCACUUCUUCAGGAGAGACCAAGGCAAAGCGCUGGUUCAAGGGUCCCCACCGAUCUGGCCUUGGC